AAGCAAUAUCGUCAUGCUAUAAAGUCUAUUCGAGAACGAGAAGAGAAACUAUCAGGUCAACGAGAAAAGAAACGUACGUUACAGUCUCGUAUUGAUAAUCUCGUUAAGACAAGCCCUAAAUCACCUCGUAUAAUGGAGUUUGAAAAAGAGCUCAAUACCUUAUUAAAAGAGACGCAGGAGAGUGAAAUGGAUCUUGCUGACUUUAAACGAUUUGCUUUAAAAGAAGCAUUUUACUUGAGAUUUAAUGCUAUGCAUGAAUAUGGACACAAAAUAUCUCUUCUUGCUGGCUUUGGCAAAUAUUUAACAGACCUGAUAGAGACUAAAGCCACCACAACUGAAAUACGAAUGCCUUAUGAGAAAAGCACAGAAGCUCAAAAGAUUUUUGAAGAUGCUAUUAAAGCCCUAAAGGAAUGGGAGCCUAUGGCUGGAGAUGAACGACCUACGUUAGCUAAUUAUAAAUUAACAUCCUCUUCUUUAACAAGUAUAUCUUCUGAACUAGCCAUACAGCCACCU